CCGAUAAAGUUUCUGGCUUCAAUACAGGAGACAUAUCAUUACCAUAUGAUCUAAUGUGGGUGUCAGCCGGAUUGUGUUCAUUGAGGGAAACCUUAUUUUUUAACUGUGCUAUGGAGUAGAAGCAGGAGGUUUUCAACCUAGUGACAGUCACAGAGCAGCACCUAACCCCCUCCUCCUUACCACACCUGCAAACUCUUUUCCUUGGGCUGAAUAUUUAGUGUAAUUACAUCUCAGCUUUGAGGGCUCCUGUGGCAAAUCCCCGGAUUAAAAGGUUCCCUAGUUGUGAAAAUAGAUGAGAUAAAUCAUGAAGGCAACUAUCGUCUUUCUCCUGCUUGCACAAGUUUCCUGGGCAGGACCCUUUCAACAGAGAGGCUUAUUUGACUUUAUGCUAGAAGAUGAAGCUUCUGGGAUAGGCCCAGAUGAGAGCUUUCCUGAGCUUCCCGAACUGGAGCCCCUGGGGCCAGUGUGCCCCUUCCGCUGCCAAUGCCAUCUUCGAGUUGUCCAGUGUUCUGAUUUGGGCCUGGACAAAGUGCCAAAGGAUCUUCCCCCUGACACAACGCUGCUGGACCUGCAAAACAACAAGAUAACCGAAAUCAAAGAUGGUGACUUUAAGAACCUGAAGAACCUUCACGCAUUGAUCCUUGUCAACAACAAUAUUAACAAAAUCAGCCCUGGAGCCUUUGCACCUUUAGUGAAAUUGGAACGACUUUAUCUGUCCAAGAACAAGCUCAAGGAAUUGCCAGAAAAAAUGCCUAAAACUCUUCAGGAGCUGCGUGUCCAUGAGAAUGAAAUCACCAAAGUUCGAAAAACUGUGUUCAAUGGAUUGAACCAGAUGAUCGUCGUAGAACUGGGCACCAACCCACUGAAGAGCUCAGGAAUUGAAAAUGGAGCCUUCCAAGGAAUGAAGAAGCUCUCCUAUAUCCGCAUUGCUGACACCAAUAUAACCACCAUCCCUCCAGGUCUUCCUGCUUCUCUUACUGAAUUACAUCUCGAUGGUAACAAAAUCGCCAAAGUUGAUGCAGCUAGCCUGAAAGGACUGGAUAAUUUGGCUAAAUUGGGACUGAGUUUCAACAGCAUCUCUGCUGUGGACAAUGGCUCUCUGGCCAACACACCUCAUUUGAGGGAGCUUCACUUGGACAACAACAAGCUUAUCAAAGUGCCUGGUGGGCUCGCAGAACAUAAGUAUAUCCAGGUUGUCUACCUUCAUAACAACAAUAUCACUGCAAUUGGAUCUAAUGACUUCUGCCCACCUGGAUACAACACCAAAAAGGCUUCUUACACGGGUGUGAGUCUUUUUAGCAACCCGGUCCAGUACUGGGAGAUCCAGCCAUCCACUUUCCGAUGUGUCUAUGUGCGCUCUGCCAUUCAGCUCGGAAACUACAAGUAACUCCUAAGAAAGCCCUCAUUUUAAUAACCUGGCAAAAUCCAAUUAAUGGUAUUGCUGAAAAAAAAUUAAAGCUAGAUACUGGAAACCUAACUGCAAUGUGGAUGUUUUUCCCACAUGACUUAUUAUGCAUAAAGCCAAGUAUGCAGUUUAAAUAAUUGCCUACAAUAAAAAAAAAAAAAAAAUGCCUGCCAUUUUCAGAAUUCUUUUUUGAAGUUUUUUUUGUUAACUGAGCUACUAUAAACAUACUUGUUUCACUAAAUGUAAAAAUUUGGAGUAAAUAAAUAUGUCAACAAUUUGAUAAAGCUUUUUCUUUUUUCAGAAGGAAUCAAAUAAAAAAGAAUAUCAAUCUUCUGUAAUUCAUAGGGUAGUUAGUUCCUUUGACAUGAAGUCAAAGUUCAGGUGUAUUAAUCCCCAUUAUUGCUGGUAAAGCCUCAUUUGAAUGUGUGAAUUCAAUACAGGCUAUGUAAACUUUUUGCUAAUAUCAUUAUUUUGGAAAAAAAUAAACUCAAAAAUACAUUCAAAAUUA